AUGGGGUUCGAUGUCCUGUCCAAGCUGACACAAGCCAGCCUUGCUGCUGAAGACUUUGUGAAGAAGAAAUGGGAGGAACACAAGUCGAGAGAGGCUGAGAAAGAGGCCAAGCAAGCGGCGGCAGAGGAAGCUCGGCGUCGCGACGAGAGGAAUCGAUUCUUCGAUUUGAUCACAGCCAAGCGCACCGGCUCGUCGGUUGCAGAAAUGCCGCCGCUCGUUUGCAAUCCAGAAGAGUCGCACAAGGCCGUCUUUUUGGUCACAACUCCCAUAUCAUUUGGAAAGUUCGAACUGUCCAAGAGCACGUAUAAGCUUCUAGCAAGACAUGUGGGCAUGAGCGUGGAUAGCGUGAGCCAUUGGCUCGUGGCUGUCAUCGAUCGAGGCUUUGGAAGCUGUUUCUACUAUGAGCUGAUGAGCGACCAAAUGGCGCUGAAUGCGAUUGGCAAGAACUAUUUCCGCACUGAAGAAAUCACACCUGGGUUCAUUGAAACCUGGAGUUCAUGCUAUUAUGUCGGUGAGACCACUAAGAGCCAUAGUGAAAUCCAGGAGCUAGGAACCCACCAUAUGACGCUCAAUCCACGGUAUAAUCUUCUUUCAAACAACUGCCAGGAUAUGGUAGAUAGCCUUGUCAAACAACUGUGCGAUGGCAGGGUAAUCAGUCAGGCCAAGUUGAGCGAGGAGCUAUCACUUGCCUCGCCGAGGAUCGCGGUGGAUCUUAUGGUCGCGAAGCUCAGGUCCAAGAUGGAUAUUAUCGGCGAGCAUGAUGACGUUGACAAGGUUAAAGACGACCACAAAGAUGUUGAGGACGACGUCGACACCAUUAAGGUGUUAUGGAACCGAAUCCAUCGAAAGUCUUAA